CUAUAUAUAGGAGGGUCUGCACAGAAAUCAGGAGCUAAUCUUGGAACAAGAAACACUACUUGACUGGAAAGAAAAGAUUCGCACCGAGGACUGUUAAAUAAAGUCACACUAAGGACACAAGAGGAGAGACCUAAAAGCUACGACUGAAAAUAAAGAAGAUAAUUUGUCAAAAUGGAUUACAAUUCAGAAAUUAUCCGGGAGAAUAAUCCCAUGGAUAGUCUUGAAAAGCAGUUAAUCUGCCCUAUUUGUCUGGAAAUGUUCAACAAGCCUGUGGUAAUACUACCAUGCCAGCACAACUUGUGUAGAAAGUGUGCCAAUGAUGUGUUCCAGGCUGGUAACCCAUAUUGGUCUACAAGGAGUUCAGUAUCUGGAGGGCGAUUCCGCUGCCCAACCUGUCGUCAUGAAGUUAUCUUAGAUCGUCAUGGAGUAUACGGUCUCCAGAGAAACCUGCUGGUAGAAAAUAUAAUAGAUAUCUACAAACAAGACUGUACUAGUCGGCCUGAAAAGAAGGAAAACCAUCCAAUGUGUGAGAAACAUGAAGAUGAAAAAAUAAAUAUAUAUUGCCUCAGCUGCCAGGUAGCAACAUGCUCUAUGUGCAAAGUGUUUGGAGUUCAUAAAGACUGUGAUGUGUCUCCCCUCCAGAACGUGUAUCAGAGUCAGAAGACAGAACUGAAUAGCUGCAUAUCGAUGCUGGUAGCGGGUAAUGAUAGAAUUCAGUGUAUUCUUAGCCAGCUGGAAGAAUCAUGCAAAACUAUACAGGAGAACAGUCAGAGUAAAAAGGAGUCUGUGAAAGAGAUGUUUGAGACACUUUUCAGGAACCUGGAGGAGAAAAAGACUCAUCUGGUACAGCGGAUUUCACAAGCUGAGGAAGAGAAGUUGAACUUUGUGCGUUCUCUCAUUGUACGGUAUCAGGAACAGCUCCAGUCCUCAUCCAAUGUGCUACAGAAUGCUUUUCAGGCUAUGGAACAGCCUGGACCUGCUAACUUUCUUCUGGAGUCCAAACAGCUUAUUAAAAAGCUAAUGGAAGCAUCCAAAGGCUGCCAAUUGGAGAAGACUGAUCAUGGAUUUGAAAAUAUGGACCAGUUCACCCUGGAUAUGGAACAUGUCAGCCAGUGUCUGAGAAGCAUUGACUUCACUCCAAACUGUGAUGAAGAUGAGGAAGAUGAUAUAGAGGAAUAUGAAGAAACUGAAGAAGAAACACUUGAAGGAUCCCAUAUAAAUAACUGAGAGUUGUAGAAUUUCACUCUGAUGAACUAGUGGGCAGCAAUGAUGCCAGGGCAAGAAAAGCAUGUGAGAACAGCGUGGGAAGGAUCUACCAUACUCUCCCUGAGAGUAGGGAAAGGGACAUCACAUGAGACUGGUGGAAAGAAAGCCUGUAGGCAAUGACUCAGGACUGCUGCUAAUGAUCAGAAGACUUGCAUUCUAGGUCGUUAUGAUCCAGAUGUAUAUAUUUAUUGUAAUAUAUUUUAUAUUUGCGAUGGGUGCUGUGACUCUCUAUUUGGGUCGAUCCAUAAGUCCUAGGGACUCUUGUUACCUGGAGGGCAGGAGGAAAGAAGUGGUAACACCACAUGGUGAAUCCCAAUUUGUGUGAUACAAUUUCACUGCCUUUCUUUUGCAUCUUAAUAAAUAAAUUUUAGUGUUAAUGAUA